GGAUUUCGAAAUAAUUCUUUCUAGCGGUAUGGAAAAAGUAAGACCGCGGCAAAAAAUGGAAAUAUGGAAAAAAUUACACUCGAUUCCUGAAGACUUGGACUCCAAACACACUAGCCGUAAGUGAAAAAAAAACCGACGAAUUCCAAAACACGCACCUGACACUUCGGAAAGGAACCGCAGCAAGCCGGAACGAAAGCAAAAGAAGUACACAAAGCGCGCGAUUGUGGAUCCCCAUCCAAGGCAGAGAUCGGUUCCGGCAAAACGGGGACGAGUUUCGCGGAUCGGUUUCAGCCGGUGAUACGCACGGUGUGGUGUGCGUAAUGAGGAAAUGAAUCAUCCCUCUACUCCGUCCGACGGGAAAGAUAGCAGUGCGGCGGCAUCCAACCUUUACGAUACGCUGAGCCAGUUUAUGUUCACUUCCUUCGCAUCACUGCGCUCUUUGGCAUUGCAUACCGAGGACCAACCGCGGCAGCAUCAACAACAACCAGGGGUUUUAGCUCUCCUCGAGACUCUUUAUCGAACGGCGUUACUGUACCUCGACGAAACGCUGGAUCAUAUCGCUCUUGUGCUGCUCAUCUACAGCCUACUAUGCAUCGUACUAUACCGCUUGCUGUUUCGAGCGGGAUCCGGAAAUGCGUUGAGUGGGCGGUGGUGGUUGCUGCGCCGAAGCCGCAUACCGUCCUGCCAGCGAGCGCUGCUCGUCACGGCCCACCCCGAUGACGAGGUGAUGUUCUUCGGACCGACCAUACUGGAGCUGAGACGCCGCCAGUGCCGCGUCUUUGUGCUGUGCCUGUCGGAGGGCAACCACGAGGGUCAGGGCGAUGUACGACGCCAGGAGCUAUGGGAUGCGUGCGAGAGUAUGGGCGUCCGCCCGGAAGAUAUUACGCUCGUCGAUGCGACACACUUGCAGGAUGAUCCGGCUGCCGAGUGGAAAACGGUUACCAUCGCCAACCAGAUACUACGGCAGAUCGAAUCGCUCGACGUGCAACUGUUGAUCACCUUCGAUAAGGACGGUGUAAGCGGUCAUCCGAACCAUUGCGCUAUUUAUUACGCCACCGCCUCGUUAUGCCUUUCCGGACUAAUACCGAACACCUGCAAAGUUCUGACACUGGAAACGGUAAACCUCUGUCGGAAAUAUCUUUCGCUAUUCGAUCUUCCGGUGACGUUACUGCUCUCGACAAACUGGGUAAUUCUGAACUGGCGCGCACGGCGUGUGGUACAGAGUGCGAUGCGGUUACACGGUUCGCAGAUGGUUUGGUUCCGCAAGCUGUACAUAGUGUUCUCUCGCUAUAUGGUAAUCAAUUCGCUGCGCGAGAUCAACAAAUCGGACGUAGAAUUCGAGAUACUGGACACCUAGAGGAAGAGGAUUUGUGCUAGGGGACCAUUUUGAUACGAUGCACCGAAGAAAAGAUAUCCGCCCUCGUUGAGCGGUGCGCCACGAUGGGGAAAAGGACGCUUUCGCUAGUCUUGUUUUGUUAAUUCUAUAGCUACUUCCGUGGUGGGCUCAACGAUCCUGAACCCGACGCACAAGCUAUGAGCUCCUGUUCAAUGCAAGCAGUGGCACGCUACCCUUUAAAAUGUCCUCUCCGUUCAUCCAAGGUGCGCGAGGGAGAGAAGGCGGAAAUUUAAUUUAUACUAUUUAAGUUAACUUAUCGCCGAAUACGUGAGGCGGAGCAGGAUGUAGAAUCUUUGUAAAUAGUCUUAGGAAAUGGCUGCAAUGCUUACAACCAUCCACCAUCCCACUGCUGCCCAUCCUCUUAUUACUUCCAUUUUUUCACCAAUAAAAAUGGCAAUGUUUAUGACGAAAGCUACUUAGCUCUUCUGUAGGCACUUUGGUGGACGGUGGUGGGAAACUACGGAGAUACGGGGAGCACCUGGAAAACAUUUCUGAAACUAUAAA